AUGUCUACCGAAUUGAAUCCAGUUGAUAUGAAACAAUCAUCUCAAAUUGAUGAACCAAUCAAAGAACAAGAAGAAGAAGACUUAAAGAAAAUGCUACAGGAUGAUGAUGUUGAUAAGUUAAAAACAAAUCUUACAUGUGAAUUGUCGGAAUCAUUGACAGAUUCCGAAUGUAUCAAAUCGAAAUUAUCAGAUGUUUGGGAAACAAGUCAAACACCUCCAUUGGAAUGUUGUUCUGAUUAUGAAUCGUUGAAAAAAGUCAAAUAUGAUGAUGCCACCGGUGGAGAUAACGAAAAAAUCAAAUCAUCCUAUCGACAUACAGAUGAUUAUGAAAUUUAUCAUUCUAGUAUUGAAAAAGAUAUUUGUACAGAAUUAGAUAAUUCCAUGUACAUACCAAUUAAAUUACCAUUGAGUAGUAAUUUAUACGUCCCAGUUUAUUAUGUACAGUCAAGUGAAGAAUCAUCACCUAAAUUAAAUAAACAUAAUUUGGAUUUUAAUCAUUCUAAAAAUAAGGAAUCUAAAAAUAUUAAUAAUAAUAAUAAUAAUAAUACUAUCAAAUCCAUGGUAAGUUAUAAAUAUUUAUUACAUUCUCAUGAUAAUCUAAGCAAUCCAAAUGAUACUCAAAGACUAGUCGGUGAUUAUCAUAUUAAUACUAGUAAUCAAGGUUAUGAAAAUUUUGUAUCCAAAUAUAAUACCGCCAAAACGGAUGCAAAUCCGAAUAAUCUGGAAUUAUGUAAUAUACACACGGAGAUCAAUAAUGAACCAUUAGUUAAAACAAAGCAUUCAUUGUUAAAAACCAAAUCGAAAACUGGCAGUGGUAUGUCUUUAAAGCAUAAAUUACAUUUUAUGAAACCAAAAUUAAACAAGUUCGAUAAGUCGAAGACGAUCAACGACAAUGAAAUCUUAAUGACAGUGGAUCAGCAGCCAAUUGUUGAAAAUGAGUUUAAUAAGAAUGAGAAAAAACGAAGAAAAACCGGUUGUUCACCAAGACUUACAUUGAAAAAACAUGUUAAUCGUAGAGGUAAGGAUAUUGUAAUCAUUAGAGACAAUGAGAUAACUGACGAAAUGCAAAUCAUUGGAAAACAGAAAAAAACAACAAAUGGACGAUUAAAAAAGAGAAAAAUUCAAACCGACGAAAAGGCUAAAAAAGACACAACACAGAGUAAAAAUGGAAAAAAAGUAAAAAAGGAGAAACGCAGAGAGAAAGAAUAUACAGCAGAAAUAAAUAUAAAAGAAAACGCAGAUGUAAAGACUGAAGGUGAAAAAAUUAAAAAACGAGGGAUAAAAUUCAAAUAUCCUAAAUUUGGAUAUAAAAUCGAAACAAAAAAUAAAAGCGAAAAAAGAGAGGAAGAAAAUGCACCUGAUGUGAAUGUGAAUGUGACUGGUCCAUCUGUGGAGGUGCCAUCUGUGAAAGCCGGUGUUCAUUUGCCUACUGUCGAUGUGUCCGUUCCCGAUGCGUCGUUGGGAGGUGAUCUCUCCGACGUGAAACUGCCCAGUGUGCAACUGACUGGUCCAGAUCUCCGUGUACAUGGUGAGAUGCCAGAUGUGGAUGUGGGUGCUAAGGUGGAUGUGCCGAAACCGCAUAUUUCAAUCAAGGCACCGAAACUCGGAUUCGGUUUGGGCAAAAAGAAGGCGAAAGUGAAAACUCCAAAGGCUGAUGUGAAAGUGGAGGGUGGAGCAGGUGGGAAGAUAGAUUUGGACGCCGGUUUGGAUGCCGAUUUGGACGCUCAUGUAGAUGGUAAAGCAAGCAAGGGAGGUAAGAAAUUCCAUUGGUCUCCUAAGUUCGGGUUGCCGAAGGGUGGUCUGAAGAUAGGUGGUGGUGCUGGUGUUGGAAAGCCGGACGCGUCGGUGUCUGUCUCAGGUCCGACUGGCGGUGUGGAUGUGUCACUUCCGAAACACGAACUCGAUGUCUCCAUGGAGGUUCCUGACGUUGAUGUGUCCGCCUCUGUGCCCGAAAUCGAUGUAUCAGGUGGUGUGACUGGGAAGGUUGCUGCACCCGAUGUGAAAGUCAGCGUUCCAUCAAAGAAGAAAUUCACCUUCGGUUGGGGCUCGAAAGGCAAGAAGGAGAAGAAGGUGAAGUUGCCGAAAGUGUCGGGAGACGUGGAUGCUGGUUUGGAUGUGAGCGGCAAGGUUGACGUUCCCAGUGUGGAUGUCGAUGUGGAUGCAAGUGGUCGAGGUAAAGGUAAGAAGUUCCACUGGUCUCCGAACAUCUCGUUGCCGAAGUUGAAGGUGCAUGGACCAGACGUGUCUGGGAAACUUCAUGCAGAUGCACCUGAUGUGAAUGUGAAUGUGACUGGUCCAUCUGUGGAGGUGCCAUCUGUGAAAGCCGGUGUUCAUUUGCCUACUGUCGAUGUGUCCGUUCCCGAUGCGUCGUUGGGAGGUGAUCUCUCCGGUAAGCUCGAUUUGGACGGUGUCGGUGUGGGAGUUGUUGACGCCGAUUUGAACCUACCAGACCUACAGAUCUCAGGAAAUGUGAGUGCACCGUCUGUUGAGGGAGACCUGUCCAUGCCUGAUGUGUCCGCCAACCUGGACACAGACGUGAAACUGCCCAGUGUGCAACUGACUGGUCCAGAUCUCCGUGUACAUGGUGAGAUGCCAGAUGUGGAUGUGGGUGCUAAGGUGGAUGUGCCGAAACCGCAUAUUUCAAUCAAGGCACCGAAACUCGGAUUCGGUUUGGGCAAAAAGAAGGCGAAAGUGAAAACUCCAAAGGCUGAUGUGAAAGUGGAGGGUGGAGCAGGUGGGAAGAUAGAUUUGGACGCCGGUUUGGAUGCCGAUUUGGACGCUCAUGUAGAUGGUAAAGCAAGCAAGGGAGGUAAGAAAUUCCAUUGGUCUCCUAAGUUCGGGUUGCCGAAGGGUGGUCUGAAGAUAGGUGGUGGUGCUGGUGUUGGAAAGCCGGACGCGUCGGUGUCUGUCUCAGGUCCGACUGGCGGUGUGGAUGUGUCACUUCCGAAACACGAACUCGAUGUCUCCAUGGAGGUUCCUGACGUUGAUGUGUCCGCCUCUGUGCCCGAAAUCGAUGUAUCAGGUGGUGUGACUGGGAAGGUUGCUGCACCCGAUGUGAAAGUCAGCGUUCCAUCAAAGAAGAAAUUCACCUUCGGUUGGGGCUCGAAAGGCAAGAAGGAGAAGAAGGUGAAGUUGCCGAAAGUGUCGGGAGACGUGGAUGCUGGUUUGGAUGUGAGCGGCAAGGUUGACGUUCCCAGUGUGGAUGUCGAUGUGGAUGCAAGUGGUCGAGGUAAAGGUAAGAAGUUCCACUGGUCUCCGAACAUCUCGUUGCCGAAGUUGAAGGUGCAUGGACCAGACGUGUCUGGGAAACUUCAUGCAGAUGCACCUGAUGUGAAUGUGAAUGUGACUGGUCCAUCUGUGGAGGUGCCAUCUGUGAAAGCCGGUGUUCAUUUGCCUACUGUCGAUGUGUCCGUUCCCGAUGCGUCGUUGGGAGGUGAUCUCUCCGGUAAGCUCGAUUUGGACGGUGUCGGUGUGGGAGUUGUUGACGCCGAUUUGAACCUACCAGACCUACAGAUCUCAGGAAAUGUGAGUGCACCGUCUGUUGAGGGAGACCUGUCCAUGCCUGAUGUGUCCGCCAACCUGGACACAGACGUGAAACUGCCCAGUGUGCAACUGACUGGUCCAGAUCUCCGUGUACAUGGUGAGAUGCCAGAUGUGGAUGUGGGUGCUAAGGUGGAUGUGCCGAAACCGCAUAUUUCAAUCAAGGCACCGAAACUCGGAUUCGGUUUGGGCAAAAAGAAGGCGAAAGUGAAAACUCCAAAGGCUGAUGUGAAAGUGGAGGGUGGAGCAGGUGGGAAGAUAGAUUUGGACGCCGGUUUGGAUGCCGAUUUGGACGCUCAUGUAGAUGGUAAAGCAAGCAAGGGAGGUAAGAAAUUCCAUUGGUCUCCUAAGUUCGGGUUGCCGAAGGGUGGUCUGAAGAUAGGUGGUGGUGCUGGUGUUGGAAAGCCGGACGCGUCGGUGUCUGUCUCAGGUCCGACUGGCGGUGUGGAUGUGUCACUUCCGAAACACGAACUCGAUGUCUCCAUGGAGGUUCCUGACGUUGAUGUGUCCGCCUCUGUGCCCGAAAUCGAUGUAUCAGGUGGUGUGACUGGGAAGGUUGCUGCACCCGAUGUGAAAGUCAGCGUUCCAUCAAAGAAGAAAUUCACCUUCGGUUGGGGCUCGAAAGGCAAGAAGGAGAAGAAGGUGAAGUUGCCGAAAGUGUCGGGAGACGUGGAUGCUGGUUUGGAUGUGAGCGGCAAGGUUGACGUUCCCAGUGUGGAUGUCGAUGUGGAUGCAAGUGGUCGAGGUAAAGGUAAGAAGUUCCACUGGUCUCCGAACAUCUCGUUGCCGAAGUUGAAGGUGCAUGGACCAGACGUGUCUGGGAAACUUCAUGCAGAUGCACCUGAUGUGAAUGUGAAUGUGACUGGUCCAUCUGUGGAGGUGCCAUCUGUGAAAGCCGGUGUUCAUUUGCCUACUGUCGAUGUGUCCGUUCCCGAUGCGUCGUUGGGAGGUGAUCUCUCCGGUAAGCUCGAUUUGGACGGUGUCGGUGUGGGAGUUGUUGACGCCGAUUUGAACCUACCAGACCUACAGAUCUCAGGAAAUGUGAGUGCACCGUCUGUUGAGGGAGACCUGUCCAUGCCUGAUGUGUCCGCCAACCUGGACACAGACGUGAAACUGCCCAGUGUGCAACUGACUGGUCCAGAUCUCCGUGUACAUGGUGAGAUGCCAGAUGUGGAUGUGGGUGCUAAGGUGGAUGUGCCGAAACCGCAUAUUUCAAUCAAGGCACCGAAACUCGGAUUCGGUUUGGGCAAAAAGAAGGCGAAAGUGAAAACUCCAAAGGCUGAUGUGAAAGUGGAGGGUGGAGCAGGUGGGAAGAUAGAUUUGGACGCCGGUUUGGAUGCCGAUUUGGACGCUCAUGUAGAUGGUAAAGCAAGCAAGGGAGGUAAGAAAUUCCAUUGGUCUCCUAAGUUCGGGUUGCCGAAGGGUGGUCUGAAGAUAGGUGGUGGUGCUGGUGUUGGAAAGCCGGACGCGUCGGUGUCUGUCUCAGGUCCGACUGGCGGUGUGGAUGUGUCACUUCCGAAACACGAACUCGAUGUCUCCAUGGAGGUUCCUGACGUUGAUGUGUCCGCCUCUGUGCCCGAAAUCGAUGUAUCAGGUGGUGUGACUGGGAAGGUUGCUGCACCCGAUGUGAAAGUCAGCGUUCCAUCAAAGAAGAAAUUCACCUUCGGUUGGGGCUCGAAAGGCAAGAAGGAGAAGAAGGUGAAGUUGCCGAAAGUGUCGGGAGACGUGGAUGCUGGUUUGGAUGUGAGCGGCAAGGUUGACGUUCCCAGUGUGGAUGUCGAUGUGGAUGCAAGUGGUCGAGGUAAAGGUAAGAAGUUCCACUGGUCUCCGAACAUCUCGUUGCCGAAGUUGAAGGUGCAUGGACCAGACGUGUCUGGGAAACUUCAUGCAGAUGCACCUGAUGUGAAUGUGAAUGUGACUGGUCCAUCUGUGGAGGUGCCAUCUGUGAAAGCCGGUGUUCAUUUGCCUACUGUCGAUGUGUCCGUUCCCGAUGCGUCGUUGGGAGGUGAUCUCUCCGGUAAGCUCGAUUUGGACGGUGUCGGUGUGGGAGUUGUUGACGCCGAUUUGAACCUACCAGACCUACAGAUCUCAGGAAAUGUGAGUGCACCGUCUGUUGAGGGAGACCUGUCCAUGCCUGAUGUGUCCGCCAACCUGGACACAGACGUGAAACUGCCCAGUGUGCAACUGACUGGUCCAGAUCUCCGUGUACAUGGUGAGAUGCCAGAUGUGGAUGUGGGUGCUAAGGUGGAUGUGCCGAAACCGCAUAUUUCAAUCAAGGCACCGAAACUCGGAUUCGGUUUGGGCAAAAAGAAGGCGAAAGUGAAAACUCCAAAGGCUGAUGUGAAAGUGGAGGGUGGAGCAGGUGGGAAGAUAGAUUUGGACGCCGGUUUGGAUGCCGAUUUGGACGCUCAUGUAGAUGGUAAAGCAAGCAAGGGAGGUAAGAAAUUCCAUUGGUCUCCUAAGUUCGGGUUGCCGAAGGGUGGUCUGAAGAUAGGUGGUGGUGCUGGUGUUGGAAAGCCGGACGCGUCGGUGUCUGUCUCAGGUCCGACUGGCGGUGUGGAUGUGUCACUUCCGAAACACGAACUCGAUGUCUCCAUGGAGGUUCCUGACGUUGAUGUGUCCGCCUCUGUGCCCGAAAUCGAUGUAUCAGGUGGUGUGACUGGGAAGGUUGCUGCACCCGAUGUGAAAGUCAGCGUUCCAUCAAUGAAGAAAUUCACCUUCGGUUGGGGCUCGAAAGGCAAGAAGGAGAAGAAGGUGAAGUUGCCGAAAGUGUCGGGAGACGUGGAUGCUGGUUUGGAUGUGAGCGGCAAGGUUGACGUUCCCAGUGUGGAUGUCGGUGUGGAUGCAAGUGGUCGAGGUAAAGGUAAGAAGUUCCACUGGUCUCCGAACAUCUCGUUGCCGAAGUUGAAGGUGCAUGGACCAGACGUGUCUGGGAAACUUCAUGCAGAUGCACCUGAUGUGAAUGUGAAUGUGACUGGUCCAUCUGUGGAGGUGCCAUCUGUGAAAGCCGGUGUUCAUUUGCCUACUGUCGAUGUGUCCGUUCCCGAUGCGUCGUUGGGAGGUGAUCUCUCCGGUAAGCUCGAUUUGGACGGUGUCGGUGUGGGAGUUGUUGACGCCGAUUUGAACCUACCAGACCUACAGAUCUCAGGAAAUGUGAGUGCACCGUCUGUUGAGGGAGACCUGUCCAUGCCUGAUGUGUCCGCCAACCUGGACACAGACGUGAAACUGCCCAGUGUGCAACUGACUGGUCCAGAUCUCCGUGUACAUGGUGAGAUGCCAGAUGUGGAUGUGGGUGCUAAGGUGGAUGUGCCGAAACCGCAUAUUUCAAUCAAGGCACCGAAACUCGGAUUCGGUUUGGGCAAAAAGAAGGCGAAAGUGAAAACUCCAAAGGCUGAUGUGAAAGUGGAGGGUGGAGCAGGUGGGAAGAUAGAUUUGGACGCCGGUUUGGAUGCCGUUUUGGACGCUCAUGUAGAUGGUAAAGCAAGCAUGGGAGGUAAGAAAUUCCAUUGGUCUCCUAAGUUCGGGUUGCCGAAGGGUGGUCUGAAGAUAGGUGGUGGUGCUGGUGUUGGAAAGCCGGACGCGUCGUUGUCUGUCUCAGGUCCGACUGGCGGUGUGGAUGUGUCACUUCCGAAACACGAACUCGAUGUCUCCAUGGAGGUUCCUGACGUUGAUGUGUCCGCCUCUGUGCCCGAAAUCGAUGUAUCAGGUGGUGUGAAUGGGAAGGUUGCUGCACCCGAUGUGAAAGUCAGCGUUCCAUCAAAGAAGAAAUUCACCUUCGGUUGGGGCUCGAAAGGCAAGAAGGAGAAGAAGGUGAAGUUGCCGAAAGUGUCGGGAGACGUGGAUGCUGGUUUGGAUGUGAGCGGCAAGGUUGACGUUCCCAGUGUGGAUGUCGAUGUGGAUGCAAGUGGUCGAGGUAAAGGUAAGAAGUUCCACUGGUCUCCGAACAUCUCGUUGCCGAAGUUGAAGGUGCAUGGACCAGACGUGUCUGGGAAACUUCAUGCAGAUGCACCUGAUGUGAAUGUGAAUGUGACUGGUCCAUCUGUGGAGGUGCCAUCUGUGAAAGCCGGUGUUCAUUUGCCUACUGUCGAUGUGUCCGUUCCCGAUGCGUCGUUGGGAGGUGAUCUCUCCGGUAAGCUCGAUUUGGACGGUGUCGGUGUGGGAGUUGUUGACGCCGAUUUGAACCUACCAGACCUACAGAUCUCAGGAAAUGUGAGUGCACCGUCUGUUGAGGGAGACCUGUCCAUGCCUGAUGUGUCCGCCAACCUGGACACAGACGUGAAACUGCCCAGUGUGCAACUGACUGGUCCAGAUCUCCGUGUACAUGGUGAGAUGCCAGAUGUGGAUGUGGGUGCUAAGGUGGAUGUGCCGAAACCGCAUAUUUCAAUCAAGGCACCGAAACUCGGAUUCGGUUUGGGCAAAAAGAAGGCGAAAGUGAAAACUCCAAAGGCUGAUGUGAAAGUGGAGGGUGGAGCAGGUGGGAAGAUAGAUUUGGACGCCGGUUUGGAUGCCGAUUUGGACGCUCAUGUAGAUGGUAAAGCAAGCAAGGGAGGUAAGAAAUUCCAUUGGUCUCCUAAGUUCGGGUUGCCGAAGGGUGGUCUGAAGAUAGGUGGUGGUGCUGGUGUUGGAAAGCCGGACGCGUCGGUGUCUGUCUCAGGUCCGACUGGCGGUGUGGAUGUGUCACUUCCGAAACACGAACUCGAUGUCUCCAUGGAGGUUCCUGACAUUGAUGUGUCCGCCUCUGUGCCCGAAAUCGAUGUAUCAGGUGGUGUGACUGGGAAGGUUGCUGCACCCGAUGUGAAAGUCAGCGUUCCAUCAAAGAAGAAAUUCACCUUCGGUUGGGGCUCGAAAGGCAAGAAGGAGAAGAAGGUGAAGUUGCCGAAAGUGUCGGGAGACGUGGAUGCUGGUUUGGAUGUGAGCGGCAAGGUUGACGUUCCCAGUGUGGAUGUCGAUGUGGAUGCAAGUGGUCGAGGUAAAGGUAAGAAGUUCCACUGGUCUCCGAACAUCUCGUUGCCGAAGUUGAAGGUGCAUGGACCAGACGUGUCUGGGAAACUUCAUGCAGAUGCACCUGAUGUGAAUGUGAAUGUGACUGGUCCAUCUGUGGAGGUGCCAUCUGUGAAAGCCGGUGUUCAUUUGCCUACUGUCGAUGUGUCCGUUCCCGAUGCGUCGUUGGGAGGUGAUCUCUCCGGUAAGCUCGAUUUGGACGGUGUCGGUGUGGGAGUUGUUGACGCCGAUUUGAACCUACCAGACCUACAGAUCUCAGGAAAUGUGAGUGCACCGUCUGUUGAGGGAGACCUGUCCAUGCCUGAUGUGUCCGCCAACCUGGACACAGACGUGAAACUGCCCAGUGUGCAACUGACUGGUCCAGAUCUCCGUGUACAUGGUGAGAUGCCAGAUGUGGAUGUGGGUGCUAAGGUGGAUGUGCCGAAACCGCAUAUUUCAAUCAAGGCACCGAAACUCGGAUUCGGUUUGGGCAAAAAGAAGGCGAAAGUGAAAACUCCAAAGGCUGAUGUGAAAGUGGAGGGUGGAGCAGGUGGGAAGAUAGAUUUGGACGCCGGUUUGGAUGCCGAUUUGGACGCUCAUGUAGAUGGUAAAGCAAGCAAGGGAGGUAAGAAAUUCCAUUGGUCUCCUAAGUUCGGGUUGCCGAAGGGUGGUCUGAAGAUAGGUGGUGGUGCUGGUGUUGGAAAGCCGGACGCGUCGGUGUCUGUCUCAGGUCCGACUGGCGGUGUGGAUGUGUCACUUCCGAAACACGAACUCGAUGUCUCCAUGGAGGUUCCUGACGUUGAUGUGUCCGCCUCUGUGCCCGAAAUCGAUGUAUCAGGUGGUGUGACUGGGAAGGUUGCUGCACCCGAUGUGAAAGUCAGCGUUCCAUCAAAGAAGAAAUUCACCUUCGGUUGGGGCUCGAAAGGCAAGAAGGAGAAGAAGGUGAAGUUGCCGAAAGUGUCGGGAGACGUGGAUGCUGGUUUGGAUGUGAGCGGCAAGGUUGACGUUCCCAGUGUGGAUGUCGAUGUGGAUGCAAGUGGUCGAGGUAAAGGUAAGAAGUUCCACUGGUCUCCGAACAUCUCGUUGCCGAAGUUGAAGGUGCAUGGACCAGACGUGUCUGGGAAACUUCAUGCAGAUGCACCUGAUGUGAAUGUGAAUGUGACUGGUCCAUCUGUGGAGGUGCCAUCUGUGAAAGCCGGUGUUCAUUUGCCUACUGUCGAUGUGUCCGUUCCCGAUGCGUCGUUGGGAGGUGAUCUCUCCGGUAAGCUCGAUUUGGACGGUGUCGGUGUGGGAGUUGUUGACGCCGAUUUGAACCUACCAGACCUACAGAUCUCAGGAAAUGUGAGUGCACCGUCUGUUGAGGGAGACCUGUCCAUGCCUGAUGUGUCCGCCAACCUGGACACAGACGUGAAACUGCCCAGUGUGCAACUGACUGGUCCAGAUCUCCGUGUACAUGGUGAGAUGCCAGAUGUGGAUGUGGGUGCUAAGGUGGAUGUGCCGAAACCGCAUAUUUCAAUCAAGGCACCGAAACUCGGAUUCGGUUUGGGCAAAAAGAAGGCGAAAGUGAAAACUCCAAAGGCUGAUGUGAAAGUGGAGGGUGGAGCAGGUGGGAAGAUAGAUUUGGACGCCGGUUUGGAUGCCGAUUUGGACGCUCAUGUAGAUGGUAAAGCAAGCAAGGGAGGUAAGAAAUUCCAUUGGUCUCCUAAGUUCGGGUUGCCGAAGGGUGGUCUGAAGAUAGGUGGUGGUGCUGGUGUUGGAAAGCCGGACGCGUCGGUGUCUGUCUCAGGUCCGACUGGCGGUGUGGAUGUGUCACUUCCGAAACACGAACUCGAUGUCUCCAUGGAGGUUCCUGACGUUGAUGUGUCCGCCUCUGUGCCCGAAAUCGAUGUAUCAGGUGGUGUGACUGGGAAGGUUGCUGCACCCGAUGUGAAAGUCAGCGUUCCAUCAAAGAAGAAAUUCACCUUCGGUUGGGGCUCGAAAGGCAAGAAGGAGAAGAAGGUGAAGUUGCCGAAAGUGUCGGGAGACGUGGAUGCUGGUUUGGAUGUGAGCGGCAAGGUUGACGUUCCCAGUGUGGAUGUCGAUGUGGAUGCAAGUGGUCGAGGUAAAGGUAAGAAGUUCCACUGGUCUCCGAACAUCUCGUUGCCGAAGUUGAAGGUGCAUGGACCAGACGUGUCUGGGAAACUUCAUGCAGAUGCACCUGAUGUGAAUGUGAAUGUGACUGGUCCAUCUGUGGAGGUGCCAUCUGUGAAAGCCGGUGUUCAUUUGCCUACUGUCGAUGUGUCCGUUCCCGAUGCGUCGUUGGGAGGUGAUCUCUCCGGUAAGCUCGAUUUGGACGGUGUCGGUGUGGGAGUUGUUGACGCCGAUUUGAACCUACCAGACCUACAGAUCUCAGGAAAUGUGAGUGCACCGUCUGUUGAGGGAGACCUGUCCAUGCCUGAUGUGUCCGCCAACCUGGACACAGACGUGAAACUGCCCAGUGUGCAACUGACUGGUCCAGAUCUCCGUGUACAUGGUGAGAUGCCAGAUGUGGAUGUGGGUGCUAAGGUGGAUGUGCCGAAACCGCAUAUUUCAAUCAAGGCACCGAAACUCGGAUUCGGUUUGGGCAAAAAGAAGGCGAAAGUGAAAACUCCAAAGGCUGAUGUGAAAGUGGAGGGUGGAGCAGGUGGGAAGAUAGAUUUGGACGCCGGUUUGGAUGCCGAUUUGGACGCUCAUGUAGAUGGUAAAGCAAGCAAGGGAGGUAAGAAAUUCCAUUGGUCUCCUAAGUUCGGGUUGCCGAAGGGUGGUCUGAAGAUAGGUGGUGGUGCUGGUGUUGGAAAGCCGGACGCGUCGGUGUCUGUCUCAGGUCCGACUGGCGGUGUGGAUGUGUCACUUCCGAAACACGAACUCGAUGUCUCCAUGGAGGUUCCUGACAUUGAUGUGUCCGCCUCUGUGCCCGAAAUCGAUGUAUCAGGUGGUGUGACUGGGAAGGUUGCUGCACCCGAUGUGAAAGUCAGCGUUCCAUCAAAGAAGAAAUUCACCUUCGGUUGGGGCUCGAAAGGCAAGAAGGAGAAGAAGGUGAAGUUGCCGAAAGUGUCGGGAGACGUGGAUGCUGGUUUGGAUGUGAGCGGCAAGGUUGACGUUCCCAGUGUGGAUGUCGAUGUGGAUGCAAGUGGUCGAGGUAAAGGUAAGAAGUUCCACUGGUCUCCGAACAUCUCGUUGCCGAAGUUGAAGGUGCAUGGACCAGACGUGUCUGGGAAACUUCAUGCAGAUGCACCUGAUGUGAAUGUGAAUGUGACUGGUCCAUCUGUGGAGGUGCCAUCUGUGAAAGCCGGUGUUCAUUUGCCUACUGUCGAUGUGUCCGUUCCCGAUGCGUCGUUGGGAGGUGAUCUCUCCGGUAAGCUCGAUUUGGACGGUGUCGGUGUGGGAGUUGUUGACGCCGAUUUGAACCUACCAGACCUACAGAUCUCAGGAAAUGUGAGUGCACCGUCUGUUGAGGGAGACCUGUCCAUGCCUGAUGUGUCCGCCAACCUGGACACAGACGUGAAACUGCCCAGUGUGCAACUGACUGGUCCAGAUCUCCGUGUACAUGGUGAGAUGCCAGAUGUGGAUGUGGGUGCUAAGGUGGAUGUGCCGAAACCGCAUAUUUCAAUCAAGGCACCGAAACUCGGAUUCGGUUUGGGCAAAAAGAAGGCGAAAGUGAAAACUCCAAAGGCUGAUGUGAAAGUGGAGGGUGGAGCAGGUGGGAAGAUAGAUUUGGACGCCGGUUUGGAUGCCGAUUUGGACGCUCAUGUAGAUGGUAAAGCAAGCAAGGGAGGUAAGAAAUUCCAUUGGUCUCCUAAGUUCGGGUUGCCGAAGGGUGGUCUGAAGAUAGGUGGUGGUGCUGGUGUUGGAAAGCCGGACGCGUCGGUGUCUGUCUCAGGUCCGACUGGCGGUGUGGAUGUGUCACUUCCGAAACACGAACUCGAUGUCUCCAUGGAGGUUCCUGACCUAGAUGUGUCCGCCUCUGUGCCCGAAAUCGAUGUAUCAGGUGGUGUGACUGGGAAGGUUGCUGCACCCGAUGUGAAAGUCAGCGUUCCAUCAAAGAAGAAAUUCACCUUCGGUUGGGGCUCGAAAGGCAAGAAGGAGAAGAAGGUGAAGUUGCCGAAAGUGUCGGGAGACGUGGAUGCUGGUUUGGAUGUGAGCGGCAAGGUUGACGUUCCCAGUGUGGAUGUCGAUGUGGAUGCAAGUGGUCGAGGUAAAGGUAAGAAGUUCCACUGGUCUCCGAACAUCUCGUUGCCGAAGUUGAAGGUGCAUGGACCAGACGUGUCUGGGAAACUUCAUGCAGAUGCACCUGAUGUGAAUGUGAAUGUGACUGGUCCAUCUGUGGAGGUGCCAUCUGUGAAAGCCGGUGUUCAUUUGCCUACUGUCGAUGUGUCCGUUCCCGAUGCGUCGUUGGGAGGUGAUCUCUCCGGUAAGCUCGAUUUGGACGGUGUCGGUGUGGGAGUUGUUGACGCCGAUUUGAACCUACCAGACCUACAGAUCUCAGGAAAUGUGAGUGCACCGUCUGUUGAGGGAGACCUGUCCAUGCCUGAUGUGUCCGCCAACCUGGACACAGACGUGAAACUGCCCAGUGUGCAACUGACUGGUCCAGAUCUCCGUGUACAUGGUGAGAUGCCAGAUGUGGAUGUGGGUGCUAAGGUGGAUGUGCCGAAACCGCAUAUUUCAAUCAAGGCACCGAAACUCGGAUUCGGUUUGGGCAAAAAGAAGGCGAAAGUGAAAACUCCAAAGGCUGAUGUGAAAGUGGAGGGUGGAGCAGGUGGGAAGAUAGAUUUGGACGCUCAUGUAGAUGGUAAAGCAAGCAAGGGAGGUAAGAAAUUCCAUUGGUCUCCUAAGUUCGGGUUGCCGAAGGGUGGUCUGAAGAUAGGUGGUGGUGCUGGUGUUGGAAAGCCGGACGCGUCGGUGUCUGUCUCAGGUCCGACUGGCGGUGUGGAUGUGUCACUUCCGAAACACGAACUCGAUGUCUCCAUGGAGGUUCCUGACGUUGAUGUGUCCGCCUCUGUGCCCGAAAUCGAUGUAUCAGGUGGUGUGACUGGGAAGGUUGCUGCACCCGAUGUGAAAGUCAGCGUUCCAUCAAAGAAGAAAUUCACCUUCGGUUGGGGCUCGAAAGGCAAGAAGGAGAAGAAGGUGAAGUUGCCGAAAGUGUCGGGAGACGUGGAUGCUGGUUUGGAUGUGAGCGGCAAGGUUGACGUUCCCAGUGUGGAUGUCGAUGUGGAUGCAAGUGGUCGAGGUAAAGGUAAGAAGUUCCACUGGUCUCCGAACAUCUCGUUGCCGAAGUUGAAGGUGCAUGGACCAGACGUGUCUGGGAAACUUCAUGCAGAUGCACCUGAUGUGAAUGUGAAUGUGACUGGUCCAUCUGUGGAGGUGCCAUCUGUGAAAGCCGGUGUUCAUUUGCCUACUGUCGAUGUGUCCGUUCCCGAUGCGUCGUUGGGAGGUGAUCUCUCCGGUAAGCUCGAUUUGGACGGUGUCGGUGUGGGAGUUGUUGACGCCGAUUUGAACCUACCAGACCUACAGAUCUCAGGAAAUGUGAGUGCACCGUCUGUUGAGGGAGACCUGUCCAUGCCUGAUGUGUCCGCCAACCUGGACACAGACGUGAAACUGCCCAGUGUGCAACUGACUGGUCCAGAUCUCCGUGUACAUGGUGAGAUGCCAGAUGUGGAUGUGGGUGCUAAGGUGGAUGUGCCGAAACCGCAUAUUUCAAUCAAGGCACCGAAACUCGGAUUCGGUUUGGGCAAAAAGAAGGCGAAAGUGAAAACUCCAAAGGCUGAUGUGAAAGUGGAGGGUGGAGCAGGUGGGAAGAUAGAUUUGGACGCCGGUUUGGAUGCCGAUUUGGACGCUCAUGUAGAUGGUAAAGCAAGCAAGGGAGGUAAGAAAUUCCAUUGGUCUCCUAAGUUCGGGUUGCCGAAGGGUGGUCUGAAGAUAGGUGGUGGUGCUGGUGUUGGAAAGCCGGACGCGUCGGUGUCUGUCUCAGGUCCGACUGGCGGUGUGGAUGUGUCACUUCCGAAACACGAACUCGAUGUCUCCAUGGAGGUUCCUGACGUUGAUGUGUCCGCCUCUGUGCCCGAAAUCGAUGUAUCAGGUGGUGUGACUGGGAAGGUUGCUGCACCCGAUGUGAAAGUCAGCGUUCCAUCAAAGAAGAAAUUCACCUUCGGUUGGGGCUCGAAAGGCAAGAAGGAGAAGAAGGUGAAGUUGCCGAAAGUGUCGGGAGACGUGGAUGCUGGUUUGGAUGUGAGCGGCAAGGUUGACGUUCCCAGUGUGGAUGUCGAUGUGGAUGCAAGUGGUCGAGGUAAAGGUAAGAAGUUCCACUGGUCUCCGGUUUUCUCUUCUCCGAAACUGAAUUUGAAUAAAGAUGGUUUGUCUGUUGAUGCGCAUUAUGAAAUCUCACCUGUUGUGGCUAAUGUUGAUACUGUCAUACCUUUAGCUUCAUCUGUUAAUGCAUCUUUUGAAGUUGAUUCUUGUCUUUCUCCCGACUUUUUACGCUCCUAUGCACCGGAUUCUGUUUGUGUUCUUCCGGAUUCUCAUUUAUCGCCUACUUCAUUUCGUAAGAGUUACGAUUUGGUUGACUCCCUUUCCCCAGCUGAACCGUUGCGAAGUGUUGAUAUUCGUCCUAUUGUGGAGGAGCCUGUUAUUUCCCCUAUUUCUUCACUUGAAUUUUGUGAGUCCAGUACUUUCCGGUCUAGAAUUUCACCUAGAAACGCUUUUCAGGAUAUCGAUGAGAGUUUUUCUUCUCCAGUUGAUUCAGGUUUUAAUGGUGACAUUUCUAAUGACGAGGCUUUUCCCGCUGAAAUCGACGAAAUUUUCAUUGUUCCAAUUCAAACUAAUCGUAUUUUACCGAAUGGAAAUGAUUUAACAGGAUCACAAGACCUUUUAGUUGUCGAAACUUCAGAAAAGUCUGACUAUCAUACACCGAAUUUAGAGGCAUCAUAUAAUGUUAAAUCCGAUAAAAGUAAAUUACAUAGUCCAUUUGAUACUUUGAAAUCAAAGAUGCUUGACAAAGUUUCUGUUCAUCGAGUGAAAGUUAUCGAUACUAACGACAAAAAUUCAGAGAAUAAUCAUAAAAAGCCUUAUUCUGAUCAUUCUCAUCAUAGUACCGCUGAUGUUGUUGCAGAACAUGUUACUAUUGACAGCAAAUCUAAGAAAAAGGCGAAAUCUCAUAAGAAACGACGCAUACUUCAUGGUCAAACACCUACAGAUGAAGUUAUUUCAGAUACUUCCAAGAAGUCAGAUUAUCCUAGAGACUACCACGAUCAUAAUAAUGAUCUUACUUUGACUCCUCGACGUUCUCCGAGUAAACUUAAAGAUCCCUCAGUUCGAAAAACAUGGCAUGGUCCUAGAGAACCCUACUGCGAGUUAAUGGGAAGUUUAAAUUCAGAACAAGAUGAAUACACUUUAACUGAAGAUGCUUCAGUUAGUUUUCUACAGCCAAGUUCAAUAACAAUAACAAAGCAUUCAAAUGAAAAUUCACUAAAUGCUUCUGACUUUCUCCGACGUAACCUAGGCAAUUCAACAAAACGCCGACCUUGGAGUACUUUAGAAUAUCCACCACCUGGAUGUCAUUUUGUAGACGAUGACUAUAUGUUUCCAGAUGCUUUAACACCAACUAAAAUUCCAAGUUUUCGUGCAAGUAAAGAAAUUGUUUACGAUGUUCCCUAUAUGGAUGACAAAGCUCUUCCACGUUAUGAACCUGAAUGGCCUUUAGGUGAAUCAAGAAGAACAUUAAUAUCUCAACUCUCACAGAACAGUGGCAGUAUUGUUCCAAUGACAGCUGAAGAAGAAAGUAGUCUUAUAUCUCUUGAUACUAAACUCUCGGAUCAUCAAAAUCUAUCUAAAACAAUCAAUCGAUUAACAUCACAUUUUCGAAAAAGUAAAAAGAAAUCUUCAACCCGACAACAACAAAAACAACCACAACAACAUCAAGAUAAUGAUGAUGAUGUUGUUGACAGUUCAAAACCUCGAUCGAAAAGUCGAACACGAUUAAAAACAUGGUGGUCUAAGCAUGGUACAUUGCAUAAAUGAAGAAAACACUUUCUCACAUAUAAUAAUAACAAUUAUAAAUCUGAUUCAUUUAAAUUUAUUUCUAAUGAUACACUUUUGUUCAAAAGAAAACAAAAAGAGAUAACUCGUUGAAAUUUACACACACACACACACACACA